CUUUUUCCUUUUCCCCACACUCACCCCUUUUUCUCUUUCUCUCUCUAAAACCAAACCACUUAACCGGUAAACAACAUUUCCCACUCCAAUCACCACCUUCUCCUCCUCCUUCCUACUCCCUCCACCGCCGUGCCGUCGCAGCUGCGGCGGCGGAUUCACCAUCCUCCAUGGGCAAGUACAUGAAGAAAGCCAAACCCAGAGGCGAAGUCGCUCUACUAGACUCCACCGCCACCAACAACACCACCACCAACACCACAACAACCUCUUACUUCGGGGUUCGAACCCGCGCCAAAACCCUAGCUCUCCAGAAAUCGCAGCUUCAGCAACCGGACCUCUCUCCCUCCUCUGGCUCCUACCUUCAGCUUCGCAGUCGUCGCCUCCACAAACCCCCUGUUCCGCUACAUGCUUCUCCCAAGCGACCCAAGUCGCAAAACCCUAAAUCCCCAAUUCCUAGCCCUAGUGCUCCCAGUCUCGCUUCCCAGCAUGAUGGUAACACCCUGCCGGAGAAGAAAACGCAGCACCAGAAUAAUUCCGAUGGGGAUGAAGCUUGCUUUGGUGAAAAUGUCUUGGAUUUUGAAGGUAGAGAAAGCAGAAGCACCAGGGAAUCCACACCCUGCAAUUUGAUAAGGGACCCAGACACUGUCAGGACUCCUGGUUCAACUACCAGGCCUACUUGCUCAACUGAAGCUCCUCGAAGAACACCGCAUGCGGGUCGAAGGCAAAUCCCUACUGCACAUGAAAUGAAUGAAUUCUUUGCUGAAAAUGAAGAGGCUCAGCAAAGGAAAUUCAUUGAGAAGUACAACUUUGAUCCUGUGAAUGAGAAGCCGCUCCCUGGGCGUUAUGAAUGGGAAAAAUUGAAACCCUAGAAGUCUUAGUGUUAAGUGUUCCAUCAAGACAUUUAAAGUAGCAGGCAGGGUUAGAAAUUGUUGGAAUUGUGGUGGUGUUAUUUCCAUUUUCCAUCACUUUCUAUUUACUUGUAAAGAAAGUAGGACUUUCAACAUGUGUAGACUAAUGGUCUGUAACUUAACAGAGGUGUUGAUUACACAACAAUACAAAUCAAAGUCCUUUGUCUAACAGCAGAUCAUUUAAGAGGGGCUGUAGGUUGUAGAAUUAGGUGAUAAAAAUCUCUAAUUAGGUGUCUGCGUGAGGUACAGGAAUCUCCUUUUGUUCUUGUAUUUUACUCUUCUUUUGUCUAUACUUGUACUGAUGAUGGAACUCCGAACAAAACUUUUAGAAAUAAAGACCCGAUUACCUCA